GGCGGCGGCAGCGGCGGCGGCGGCGGCGGCGGCUGCUGCUGCGGCUGCGACUCGGCGCUUUGAGCCGGAACCGCCGGUGAACUUGGGCGCCACGUUCCCGGUGACGGGCCCCCGAGGAUGGUGAAUGCAGGCAGCUGCUGACCCUGCCUCCGCCGCUGCUUCUCGGGGGCUGCCGUGUGCUGGGCCCUCAGUCUCCUCCCCUUGCCGGGCUGUGGGUGAACCUGCAAGCUCCUUACCCACCCGGAGGACUUUUUUUUGAAAGGAGACCAGGGAGGGAGGGAGAGGGGGAGAGGGAGAAAACGAAGGGGAGCUCGUCCAUCCACUGAAGCACAGUUCACUAUGAUCUUACUCACAUUCAGCACUGGAAGACGGUUGGAUUUCGUGCAUCAUUCGGGGGUAUUUUUCUUGCAAACCUUGCUUUGGAUUUUAUGUGCUACCGUCUGCGGAACGGAGCAGUAUUUCAAUGUGGAGGUUUGGUUACAAAAGUACGGCUACCUUCCACCAACUGACCCCAGAAUGUCGGUGCUGCGCUCUGCGGAGACCAUGCAGGCCGCCUUAGCUGCCAUGCAGCAGUUCUAUGGCAUUAACAUGACAGGAAAAGUGGACAGAAACACAAUUGACUGGAUGAAGAAGCCUCGAUGUGGCGUACCUGACCAGACAAGAGGUAGCUCCAAAUUUAAUAUUCGUCGAAAGCGAUAUGCAUUAACAGGACAGAAGUGGCAGCACAAACACAUCACUUACAGUAUAAAGAACGUCACUCCAAAAGUUGGAGACCCUGAAACCCGGAAAGCUAUUCGCCGUGCCUUUGAUGUGUGGCAGAAUGUGACUCCUCUGACAUUUGAAGAAGUUCCUUACAGUGAAUUAGAAAAUGGCAAACGCGAUGUGGAUAUAACCAUCAUUUUCGCCUCUGGUUUUCAUGGAGACAGUUCUCCCUUCGAUGGAGAGGGAGGGUUUUUGGCGCAUGCCUACUUCCCUGGACCGGGAAUUGGGGGAGAUACUCAUUUUGACUCAGAUGAGCCAUGGACACUAGGAAAUCCUAAUCAUGAUGGAAAUGACUUAUUUCUUGUAGCAGUUCAUGAACUGGGACAUGCUCUGGGAUUAGAGCAUUCCAAUGACCCCACUGCCAUCAUGGCCCCAUUUUACCAGUACAUGGAAACUGACAACUUCAAACUACCUAAUGAUGAUUUGCAAGGCAUCCAGAAGAUUUAUGGUCCACCUGACAAGAUUCCUCCACCGACAAGACCUCUACCGACAGUGCCCCCACACCGGUCCAUUCCUCCGGCUGACCCGAGGAAGAAUGACAGGCCCAAACCUCCCAGGCCUCCCACUGGCAGACCUUCCUAUCCCGGAGCCAAACCCAACAUCUGCGAUGGGAACUUUAACACUCUAGCUAUUCUUCGCCGUGAGAUGUUUGUUUUCAAGGACCAGUGGUUUUGGCGAGUGAGAAACAACAGAGUAAUGGAUGGGUACCCCAUGCAAAUUACUUACUUCUGGCGGGGCUUGCCUCCUAGUAUCGAUGCAGUUUAUGAAAACAGUGAUGGGAAUUUUGUCUUCUUUAAAGGUAACAAAUAUUGGGUGUUUAAGGAUACAACCCUACAACCCGGUUAUCCUCAUGACUUGAUUACUCUUGGGAGUGGAACUCCUCCGCAUGGAAUUGAUUCAGCCAUUUGGUGGGAAGACGUUGGGAAAACCUAUUUCUUCAAGGGGGACAGAUAUUGGAGAUAUAGUGAAGAAAUGAAGACCAUGGAUCCUGGCUAUCCCAAACCAAUCACCGUCUGGAAAGGUAUCCCUGAAUCUCCUCAGGGAGCCUUUGUGCACAAAGAAAAUGGCUUUACGUAUUUCUACAAAGGGAAGGAGUACUGGAAAUUCAACAACCAGAUACUCAAAGUAGAACCUGGAUAUCCCAGAUCCAUCCUCAAGGAUUUUAUGGGCUGUGAUGGACCAACAGACAGAGAUAAAGAAGGACACAGCCCACCAGACGAUGUAGACAUUGUCAUCAAACUGGACAACACAGCCAGCACUGUGAAAGCCAUAGCUAUUGUCAUUCCCUGCAUCUUGGCCUUAUGUCUCCUUGUAUUGGUUUACACUGUGUUCCAGUUCAAGAGGAAAGGAACACCCCGCCACAUACUGUACUGUAAACGCUCUAUGCAAGAGUGGGUGUGAUGUAGGGUUUUUUUUUUCUUUCUUUCUUUUCCAGGAGUUUGUGGUAACUUGAGAUUCAAGACAAGAGCUGUUAUGCUGUUUCCUAGCUAGGAGCAGGCUUGUGGCAGCCUGAUUCAGGGCUGACCUUUCAAACCCAGAGGGUUGCUGGUCCUGCACAUGAGUGGAAAUACACUCAUGGGGAAGCUUCCAUGAUGCACAGUAUCUGCCGUUCUUCAGUCCUUUGUCUUUCUUUGUCAUUCAGUUCUAGGCCUUUCCUCUGCACGCUCAAUGCCCAGUAAAUUUUCAGGAUUAACUAAAGAAGAGGAAAAAAAGAAGAAAAGAUUCUUCUUAAAGGUUUCUAAUAUUAUUUUCCUUCUGAAGUCUGAGCCCAUAUCUGGGGGAAAAAAAAAGCAAAAUGGAAAACCCAUGAAUUUUGCUUUAAAGCAAAGAAAAAAAAAGUUAAACAAAAAACCCACAAUUGAACUUUCAGGAAAGUGUGAAGACCCAAAACAGCUUUGUCUCCAAAGAAGAUAGCUCUCUGACUGCUAUGGAUAGUCUCCUACACUUCAUUUUUGUCAGGUGGGAGAUCUGGAAUAUACAUGCAGGACUUUAGACUGUUGGGACAGCCAUUUUCCAACAAACAAGGGGCCAAAAUAUCUGCAAUAUAGUAACAGCCUUAAUAAUAAUACAUCCAUUUUUCGUUUUAUACAGCUGUUCUCAGCUAUGUCCUCAAUGUUUCAUCACAUUUAUACUCAUAGCUAUAUUCAAACAGGACCUUUUGAUUGUUUUUGAAGUGUUUCUAAUCCCCUUCCUGCCACCUGACCCCUGCAUCAUUGUGAUAAUCUCCCCAAGUUGUAUUAGGCCAUUGCCCCAGGCCUUCCAUGGGUCUGUCAGAAAUAUUCAUUAUAAGCAGAGCAAGAAGCAGUAUGUCUCCAAAGUGGUUUAAAGUGACAGUUAUUUUACAAGGAUAUGUGACACUAGUAAUACAUUGGUGUAACCCUUUGAGAACUAUCAGAUCAGCUUUCAGAGUCUUAGGCUUGUCAGUCUUGCUGUCUGGUAACUUACAGAACUGGGCAAUGGUAAACACAGGCACAGGUUCAAGAAGUUCAGGUUUUUAAAAAAGAUAUCCUAUAACCCCAUGUAAUUUUUAAGAGAUUUACGGUACUACAUAAAUGCAUUUAUAGCAAACAGAAAUGAUGUUACUUGCCAAAAAAUUUUCUGGCAAAUAAAAAGAUAUUUUAUUAAGAAAUAUAAGAGUGAAAUUUUAUUCGAAGAAGUGAUUAUGAUAGCCUAAGUCUUUUUUUUAUUUUUCUUAGACAUAUUGAAUUUCUGUUUUAAGGUCCAUUGCAUGAAAAUUCCAUUUGCCUUGGUACAUGCAGUUAGCAUUGCCAUUUUACAAAUGAUUUAAAAUGAUGACUCUGAGAUUGCAUGAAUAUCUCUAGUACAUUACCUAUUGCAUGUCAACCAUAGUUCUCAAAGGGUUAGUGUGGCUUCUGGCAUUUAGCCAUCCAUUUGAUCACUGACAGAGCCAAGAGACCACCAAAGCAUUUCAUUGUUGAGUGUAAUUUGUCCUAACAGCAGUAUUGUCAUUUUCAUGUGACCUGCAGAGCAGGUUUGUAUCAAUAUUUUUUUCCUAGAGAAAAGUCAGCAACUGACAGACCUCUGUAUUGAUUUUUAGGAGCUGCUUCUUGCAGUGAAAGGCUUUACAGCCACUGGGCUGUGAACUUAUUAGAGAUGGUCAGAACGAACGCACCCCAUGAGUCAGACAUUGGCUUUGUGUGAAAGCCAGCUUUUGAGGGGAUUAGCUUUUGAAACAAUGAACAGCUUGCCUUGAACUUGAUUAUUGAUCUGUUGACUGUCAUUAACAACAACUUAAACAUUGUCUUCUGUGAAAAUUUUCCUUGAAGAGUCCUGUCUAUGUCUUUGCCCUUUGACCUUUAACUUGCAAACUGGCACAAACUGAAGGAAAUCUGGUAUUGCUUCUCCUUUGGAGUGUUAAUUGUACUCUAAAACCCUAGUAAGCAUGAGCUGUUUCCUUAGAGUAGAGAGAGAGAGAGAGAGAGAGAGAGAGAGAGAGAGAGAGAGAGAGAGAAAGAGUGUCGAUGGUGGUUCUGCAGAUGGACACUUUGCAAUUUACAUGCACACUCGAUAAAUGCCCUGUAGGUAGAAGUGACUUUUAAUUUUCCUUUAAUAUAAUUUCAAGUCUAAAUUCAUCAUUUUAAGUACAAAUAUAAAACUAUAGGGGAUAAACAACAACAACAAAAAACUCUCAAAAUACUUGAAUGGCCAGUGUGGCUUUUAUAUAAAGCAAGAAUUUUAUACUAGUGAAAAUUUCUUACUCAUUUGCUAACAAUACAUAUUUCCAGAUGAUUUUUAAUGAGUGUAGGUACACACAUUCUUAUUUGGAAAUGGAUAGUUUGGCUGCCUUGAAUUUCUAUUUAUACUCAACAUAGCAUGAAAAUUAGAAUGUCUUUCAGUUAAACAACAUGUUUAUGAUUUGGUUUGGGAAAAUAUUUUGUAAUCCCGGGUGGCAUGUUACAGAGCCUUGCAGGUUAUUUCUUACAACCUGAACACGUAUAACGUAAGGCUAAGAAAAAAAAACAGUUAAAAAAGAGGAAUGGCUUUACAGUAAAACAGUAUGUAAUGCAAACUGUAUUUUGACAGGAUAUCGGAGAUUAUGUACAUGAGGGCCAAGAAAGCAUGGGGAGAGGACCAAAAUCAGGCCUGUAGCUUCACUUCAGUGCUUCCAUUCCAGAUGAUGCUGAUAUGAUAAAGAGUUAGUCACUUAUAUUGAGCAUAGAGGACUAUCUACAUAAGCUCAUUGAUAUAGUGUUUGCUUAUGAGAGGGUUUAAUCCUUUUAGGACCUUGAUGUCAAGAAAAAAGAUGACUGGAAAUUGUAUUUUGCUAAACGUAGAAAUGAGGACUAAGUCAUUUGGGGACGUGAGUAAAUCAUUGAGGAAUUCCAUCAACCUGCAUUGAACAUUGAUUUUUUUUUUCUAAAAUGAGAAAGAAACUGAAGAAACAAUCUUUUGCCUCUUUACUCAUUUGUCACAGUAUCCUGAUCCAUCAGAAGACUAUAAGUAUAUAAGGGCUAGAAAAUAACCAUAGCAUUAAGAAAGGAAGGACUCUGACAUUAUGCUUGAAUUCUAGGAAUGUCAUGGCUAAGUGCUGGGUCAUAUUUACUUCAAUGUGAGAUGAGAUUUGUGUGAUAAGAAAAAAAAAACAUAUACAGCUUCUCUCUUUACUAGAACCGUUACAAUUUCAGGUGUGAGACUACAAGAGAUGAGAAAAUAUUAAGCUCAAUAUAACCACAAACCUCACGAUUCUAUUUGUUUAUCGUACACAGGGCACUUUGUGGGAAUGGUUGCUGACUCUUCUUCCAUUUGGGGUUUGGAAAAAAAUCUCGAUCUUCUUGGAUCUUCUUGGAAUAGUGAAAGGGAGAGCGACCAAUUGGUCUAGCACAUCUAGAACAGUGAUUCAAAAACAUCGUGGAAUAAAUUUCCAUGGGUCAACAACAUAAUGUACCAGUUCAGUAUCAAUAGAAACAUGCAAUCUAUGAAAUAUUUUUCAUCAGACCAUCACUAAUAGCAUGGAAAGUUCUAACUUCGGGUUUCUCAAAUUGCAAUCAAAACACAUUCAUGAUCACAAAACAAAAUUCUCCUUCUGUUUGAUUAUUUCUCAAUACUUUAAUAUAGACACAAAUGUAAACAAGGUAAUGUUCCUUACAUAAAUGAACUAUAUAGUUUAUAAUUUUAGCCAAAUAUUAUUGUUCUGUAUAUUAUUAACUGGACUGCAAUGAAGUAUUAAAAUAGUCAAUCAGACUGUAUUCCCUGUAAAGCAGUAAAUCCACAUCAGACCGUAGAGGAGGUUGUGAAUUUAACUAUCAACCCCUUUUAGAACAAAGUGUCUACUGACAUGGCAAUCAGAACAGGUGAAUACAGAGACUCUUUACAACUGCAGAGAUACCAUAGAUAAAUUAGAGAACAUUAUAUGAUACUAGCAAAGACAACUUCUGUUAUAAAUCAGAGGGCAAGGCUUUUCUGAAUCAGAUGUAAUAAAUUACUAAGUAAUAAUUUACAGAAAAUAAUUACUAAGUAAUAAAGGAUAGAGACUGAUUUACUGAAAUAAGCAAGUGUUACUUUUACUAGUCAGAUUGCUUGUGAUCUUUUUCUAUUGACACAAUUGGUUUCAUAUACGGUAUACUUACUUUUAUUCCCUUUCUGUGGGUGAUUAAAAACUCAGUGCGGUGGAUGAGAACAUUGCCGAACUUCACCAGUAGUUCCAAUAUGUGGAUGAUGUGUAUAUACUGGAUCCUAGGUAUAGUAAUAUAAUAUUUCCAAGUUCUGCAUAUUAUGCUGAUAUCUCUAGUAUGAUACAAAUACAUGCCCACACUUUGUGAAUCUUACAGUAGAAUAACAAAUGUGUCCAUAUUGACUAAAUUCAAUGUGCUGAUGAGAAAUGGAUGUUAUAAUCAAGUAGACUGAGUUAACACAAGAGUCAUGAAAAGAUCUUUUUUUUUUUAAGUUUUGGAAUUAUUUCCAGAAACUAAUAAAGGCGGUGAUUUACAGAUAGUAUUGAGUCUGUGAGAUUGUAACAUAUACUGAAACAACCUCGUGGAUGGUGGUGAAAUCUUUUUCAGUAAAACAUAGCAAAGAGUUCAUUUAAUUUUUGAUGCUCUCAGGAGCACAUUCCAAAAUAUCACAGAUGUCAAACGGAACAUGCCGUCUGAAGCAAAAAUGUUAAAUUCAGAUAAGCUAUUUAUAAAUAGGUGUGAAUACAGUCUCAGCCAAUAUGUGAUAUCGCAGAAGGUUUCAAGUCGAUAAUAGAGGGUCUAACCAUUUCGUUACAUUUCAUGCACCUUCAUGAUACUGACUUAUUAUGACCACAGGUUAUAACUGGCAGAGGAUAUGUAUCUAUGUUUUAGGUUACCUAUUGCCUAAGAGGAAAUCAUAGCUACAUCAGAAAAGUUUUAUAAGUUAUAUUUUAAAAAUUAGUACUUUAUAUAAUAAAGAAAACCGCAACCAGACAUAACACCACACCAUAAAUAUUAAAAUUAAAUAUUAUAUAUAUUAAAUAUAAUGAAAAUGGAGGAAAAGGAAAAAUGAGUGUUUUGUAAAAUAUAAAAACAUACUAUAGCACUCCUUAAUACAACUGGAAAUCUUACUUUAGCAAGUAUUAGAACUAGAGAAAAAUGCAACUUCAAGCUCUCCAUACUAGUCAUGGGUAUGUGACAUAUCAAUGUAUAUAAUGAACCAGUGGUCUUUAGAUGUUACCCUGCAUAAACACAUCUCAUACUAAUGCACUGCCUUAUAGGCUAAAAAUGUCAAAAGUUAGGUGUUCAGUAACCUCAAUUGGAAAGAUUUAGAAUGUUAGAAUCUCCUGAGAAAAGCCACUUUUCUAGGAUAGACAUUUACCUCAGUAAUCGUAUAACACAAACACUUGGCAUAGUAGCAAAGAGCUUGCCUUUGUGUUCUAAUCGUAACCUUUGUCUUUCUGUCCUACUCAAAUGAUUUUUUGCUUCCACUGGUGUCAUUUUGAAAUGAUGCAGAGAUAUUUCAGGUCAAUUGAAUAACAGUUACAAAUAUCUCUUUCAAUAUGUUAUACGUAUGUCUCCUUUGAAAUUUAAACCAAUAGUAUCUAAAGCCUAAGAGUGAACGCUGAUCUGAACAAAUGCUGACAAAUUCACAGAAAUUGGGUGGAAGAUAGAUAUUGUAAAAUUUGUCAAUUUUCUGGCGGAAUACUAAAGUAGCAGCCUUCUAUUUUUAAACAAUUUGUGAGCUUAUAAAUGGACAGAGACAUGCAUCUUCUGUUUCGAACAAUGCUAAUUCUUUAUAUGGAGUAAGGGUAUAAGAUCAUGAGUGCUGUAACAAAGCACGUCACAGACACUCAAAACUAAGCUCUUUAAGGAAAAUGAGGGCAUACCCAGUUAAUUCAUGGUCAGUGCAUAAGAAUAAAAAACAUAUGAAGGAUAUUUAUUUAUGAAGCUUUCUGAAGAUUCUAUGCCUUUUCAAUUUAAAGAGCAGUGUGUCUUAAAAUUUAUCUUAUGUUAACAUUGGACUGGCGAUAAUAUUCAAGUUUUCACUCAGUGUGUCUUUACAUUCAAGGGCACACUGGGCAUCGUAGGACAAAUACAUCACAAACUAGAAUGUUGUGCUGAUUACAUAACUUUGCCAUGUGCUCUUCUAUAGAGCUGGAUUUAUAUGCCCUUAAGAAGGGAGACGAAAAUCAGUUAAAUAGAAAAAUGACCAUACGAUAAUUGUAUCAUGUGAGGCCACUUAGCUUCAGAGCAAGAUGUUAUUAACCCUCAUUUCCACGUAGAAAAACCGGAAGAAGAGAAUGGUGAACAUGAAUAAAAUGAUUAACUUUUGACUUAUGAAGAUGUUUCUUGAGUAUUUUAUCCACUUGUUUUUCUCCUUGAAAAAAUAUCACACAGAAUACAGACAUAUCUGUAGCACUUGGUCUGUAGCUAGAUUGGAUCCCAGGCAUAACAUUGUUUGACACAGGCCUUUUUAUACAUGCCUCAUAUACGAUGAAGCUUUGGUGAGAUGUGUCUGCAUGGUAGAAUGCUUUUUCCUAGGCUAGGAUAUGGUGCUGCUUAUACUUGCCACCUUUUGUACGAAUAUAUGUUUCUAUGUUGGCCUGUCUUGCUGAGAUAUGGACGAAUAAAGCCUGGUGUGAGCUGUCUAUUUGCAAAGUCACUAGAAUGCAUGUUUCAUUUGUUCUUUUGUAAUGCCAGUUUGGACUUGCUCCCUCUCUAUACAUUGACAACCCAGUUGUGAAGGUAAAAUGUAGUUUCCUUGAAUGAAUGAAUGAUUCAAUCCUUAAACCAAUGUCUUAUUUUUGCUUACCACUGAAAUACUAUCACAGAGGCCACAUUAUUGCCUGUCUUCUCACAGCUCUUUAGUAUUUACUAUUGCCUGGGUAAAAUUAGGUUUUUGCCUUUUUCGUCACUUCUUUUGUAUCUGACGUGGAAUACGUUAUUCCUUUGUAUGUUCAUAAAUACAAAUUUUCACAAUCUUAGUUACUUUGUUACUUCCAAACAAACCUGAUUUCCAAACCAGGAUGAUUGCGUGUCUGGUUUUUCUGCUCCUCCAAUCCUGAAAUUAUUUGUUUGCUUUCUGUGAAAACACAGACGGUUGGGAGGGCUAUACUAUUUUGUGUCGUCUUAUGCAGACUGUGCCUAUAUUUGCAUCCCUUCCCAUUUCCACCUUGCCCUUCUUUUAGUUACAGAUUUGAUUUCCCCUUCCAUCUAUGAAAACCAGAAUUGAGCAGCACUGUACAUCAGACUUGGUGCCUGGAAACUCUGUCUUUGUUCCUCAGUAAUUUCCUUCACAAGUUUCACGCAAAGACAGUCCCAGUCAAUUUCACACACCUUCCAAUCUCUUACGUUGGAUGCUAACUUUUUUAGAGUUAUUCCCCUGAGAAAAGUGAAAUGCUGAGUAUGAAGGCUGUUGUCUGUUGAUAAGCCAGCUAAGGAAGUUUGCUUUUGGAGAACGUUUCUUAAAUAAUUAUACAGGAAAGUAAAUACCAUAAUAGAGUGUUCUGCUUAAGGUACAUCAUGAGGACAAAAAUGCCUAAAACCUCAGUUCUUUGGUCUAUUUGCCUUUAUGUGUAAAUUACAUAAAUCACAUGUAUAUUAUAAAGAGUGAAUAAGAGAAUAAGGGGUAUUACAGCGGCAGCAUUUUGCUGCAUUGGUUUUGACUGCAUCAGCAUUUCUAUUGUGAACCUCUAUUUUCAGGGGUUUUAGAGACUCACCCAUAAAAAUUUGCUUCAGGCUUAAAAGUCUUGAAAGAUUUUUUUUUAGGUAUAUAAUUUUAAACAAAUAUAUCUUGUUUUUAUAUUAGAGGAAGGAAAUAAAUGGAGUUUACUAGUUCAAAUUUAUGCUACUAUAACUUUUAAUAAACUUAAUUUUUUAUCAAAAACAUAAAAUCUAAUUAGUCCAUAGUCUAUUGAUGGUUUUUAAAAGAAUCAAUUAUUGAUACUGAGAAAAUUGCCUGCUUCGUCAGUGUAGUAACCUUUCUUCAAGAUGUUUUAAAAUCUGUAUACUUGUAUUAACAUUAUCUUGAUUCCAGUAGUGGAUCAGUAUGAUAAUGAACAGAAUUUAUGCCAUCCAUAUGAGCUAUCUGGUAAUACAGAUUUGGAAGUAUAUAGUGUGUGUGUGUGUAUGUGUGUGUGUGUGUAUACAUACAUAUACAUACGCACAGUGUGUGUGUGUGUGUAUGUGUGUGUGUAUGCCCACAUACACACACACAUACAUAUUUAACAGAAUAAGGGGAAAAUGCUCCCAUAAAUCUAGUUUAUCAAAUAAAUACCAUAUACUAUAUUAAAAAAUAAUUGCACAUACAUUUGUCUUUCAGAGCCAGAAUGAGAUGCAAGCAAUUACAAAGGAAAGUUGUCUCUUGGGUAAACAAUAGACAUUUUAUAGCUUCUUAUGAAAACCAUUUUUCCUUUCUAUAUUGUGGUUAUGGGAAAUUAAAAGAAUGUAAUGCAUAUAAUUAAUGCAGACUUUAUUUAAAUAACAUUAAAAUAUGAAGCAGAGAGAAACAUUAGGAAAUUAAAUAUUUAGGUUAUUAUCUUUUGGUUUGCUGACAAUACUUUGCCUUUAUUUUAAUUCCCCAUGAUAUUUUCAGUUCUGGAGAGGGUAUUAAAAUCUAACUUUAAGCUUCUGGAUUGUUCACAUUACACUCAACACUACUUCAUUAAGUUCUUGAUAAUAUGUAGUCUUCUGUGUGCAAAGAAAGAAAUAAAUAACACAUUUAUUUGCUGAAUGAGCUUUAAGAUUUGCAAGUUGUUAGUGGUUUUUUGCCCACACAGGAUUCUAUACAUUUAUAACAUCUUAAAUCUGGCAUAUAGAUAUAUAUAUAUUUUUUCAGAUAGCUUCUACUGACAAACACAAAGCUUGUUUGUGUGCAAAUAUAAGGCUAAAUAAAUGGUGCUAAAGUGUAUUAUGACUGUCAGAUAUAAUCAGGCAAAAUUUUGUGGUGCUUAAAUUAAUUUUUUCAUUGAUUUUAUUGAUCAAUGCAUUAAACAGUGUUUAUUAUUCACAAGUUGUCUUUUAUUAGUAAAACAAGGCCUCAUAGCACAUUGUUAAAUAAAAUGGUUGACUAGUCUAUGUAACAGCUCACCAAGCUACUAUCUCUUCAACUCCUUAUAAUGUUGCGUCAUUAAAGGUCAAGGGGUCAUGCUAUUAAUCUCAUCGCUGCAGACCAUUAACAUGACUGAACUUUUCCACAAAGUACUUAUGUUUACAAUGCUAUAACCCUUUGACUGCUGCGGCAACCUUUAACCACACAAAUGUCACAAGCUAGAAUCAUCAGCAUGGUUCUUGCCAUGGCAAUCAAAGAGUUAAGGGCUGUGCAGUGAUUUGUUUUGUAUUUAUUAAUUUAUAUUUAUUUUGUUUCCAUUCAAGGAGGGGAUUUUGGGUGGGGCAGUUUUUGUCUGCUGUAAGUGUCUUAACCUAGGGAAGGGUUAAAUGGCUUUUUAUACUAUUGCAUCUUCUGUAUUUCCCAUCAAUUCAUUGUGUUGUAAUUAAAAAAAACUGUCAAUAAAUAAGAGAAAAGAAAACA